AUGACUCUCUUCCCUCGUACCGGUGACUUCGCACCUCUCUUCCGUCUCCUCGACGACUACGAUCUGCACCGCUCCGGACGCAGCGGCCAUGCAUCCUCCUCAUCCUCAGGCAGCAUCUCCAGCUUCGCUCCGCGCUUCGACGUCCGCGAGUCCAAGGACGCCUAUCACCUCGACGGCGAACUGCCCGGUAUUGCUCAAAAGGACAUUGAAAUUGAAUUCUCCGACCCUCAGACUCUAAACAUCAAGGGCCGCGCCGUCCGCGAAUACCACUCCGGCAACGCCGAGAACGAGACUUCUCCCAAGCCAGCAUCUGUCGAAGAUGAGGCUGAAUCUAGCACUGGCAACGAGACAGCCGUCCAAAAGUCCUCUGAUAAGAAGGAAGUCUCAAAGUCAACCCAGCACAACUUCAAGUACUGGGUCAGCGAGCGCUCGGUUGGCGAGUUCCAUCGCUCAUUCAACUUCCCCAGUCGCGUUGACCAGGAUGGCGUCAAGGCUAGUCUGAAGAAUGGUGUGCUUUCGCUUGUGGUGCCCAAGGCUGCCCCUCCUGCUAGUCGCAAGAUCAGCAUUGAGUAA